GAAUGUAGUUUCCGGUCCGGCUGAGCGGCGCCCAGAGUGGAUUCCAGCCGGGCUCCAGGAGUCGCAGAAGGAAGCCGCUGUAGCCGCCGAGGGGAGCCCGGCUCGGCCGCAGGCGCGUGACCAUGUGGAGGCUGCUGGCGCGCGCCCGUGCGCAGCUCCUGAGGGUGCAGUUGUCAGAUUCUUGGGCAACCCUUCCUAGCAGUGCGGGCUUAAAGACGCUGCUCCCAGUGCCAGCUUUUGAAGAUGUUACCAUUCCUGAGAGGCCCAAGCUUAAAUUUGUUGAAAGGGUACCACUUGUGCCAAAAGUAAGAAGAGAACCUAAAAACUUGAGUGACAUACGAGGACCUUCAGCUGAAGCUACUGAAUUCACAGAGGGCAAUUUCGCAAUUUUGGCAUUGGGAGGUGGUUAUCUCCACUGGGGCCAUUUUGAAAUGAUGCGCCUGACAAUCAACCGUUCUAUGGACCCCAAGAACAUGUUUGCCAUAUGGCGAGUUCCAGCCCCUUUCAAGCCAAUCACUCGCAAAAGCAUCGGGCAGCGCAUGGGGGGCGGUAAAGGUGCCAUUGAUCACUAUGUGACACCCGUGAAGGCUGGCCGCCUCAUCGUAGAGUUGGGUGGACGCUGUGAAUUUGAAGAGGUCCGAGCUUUCCUGGACAAAGUUGCCCACAAGUUGCCCUUUCCAGCAAAGGCUGUGAGCCGUGAGACUCUAGAGAAUAUAUACCAAGAUCAAAAGGAGAGAGAACGGAACAACCAAAAUCCCUGGACCUUUGAGCACAUAGCCACUGCCAACAUGUUGGGCAUAAGGAAAGUCCUGAGCCCCUACGACUUGACACAGAAAGGGCGGUACUGGGGCAAAUUCUACCUGCCUGAACGUGUGUAGUUGAGGGCACUAGGGAUCCAUGUGCAUAGGCCAUUGAGAAUGGGAUUCUACAUUUGUGUUGUCCUUAAAGCCUUCAAGCAGCUCUUGGUUCAUGGUGGAGGAGCAGCCUAUAGGACUUCUGAAGAACUGUUCCCUGAUUUUUUUUAGUAAAAUCUUGAGCAUAACCUUAGGGCACAACUUCUCAUUGGUCAUUGCUGAAGAUACUAAGACGUGGGAGCUCUGGGCUCAUGUGCUGUAGAAUGUCUUUAGGACUGAAGUGUUUGCAUCUCACACCUCAAGAUGCAGAUGUGUACACACUUCAGAGGCUGGUUUUUAUGACACUUACUGUUUAAAACACAAACGUUUCUUAAAGAUAAAAAUGACAACACCUAGA